CCUGUUCAGAAGAGCACAGGAGCAAAGGAGGAAAAGGACGGGGUCAAAGGUCAACUGACCUCGAAGAAGAAGUCUCUUAAAGAGAAAUCAGAAGCCGAGCAGAAGCUGGAGAACAGGGAGAUCGGUUUACUGAACGCCGACGGGGACGAGGAAACGCCCGGGGGGAAGAAGAAGAAGAAGAGGAAAGCUCCGGAGCCGAGCGGAGAGAACGACGUGGAGCAGUGGGUGAUGAAGAGACAGAGGCUGAGAGCCAGGAAGGAGGAGGAGGCGACGAAGAGGAAGAGGACGGUGUUCGUGGGGAACCUGCCCGUCGGCUGCACCAAGAAGACGCUGCAGAGCCUCUUCAGGGAUAAAGGAUCCAUCGACUCCAUCCGGUUUCGCUCAGUGGUCAGAGAGGAUCCCUCCAUGUCCCGCAAAGUCGCAGUCAUUCAGCGCAAAGUUCAUCCCAAAAAGCAAAGCAUGAACGCCUACGUGGUGUUUAAAGACGAGGAAGGAGUCACGAGGGCGCUGGAGAGGAACGGCACGGAGAUCGAGAAAGACUUUCACAUCCGAGUGGACAGAGUGACGGACAACUCAACACACGAUCACAAACGCUCCGUAUUUGUGGGGAAUCUCUCGUUCGAGAUCAACGAACUGGCUUUCCGGCAGCAUUUUGAGCAGUGCGGCGCCGUGGAGGCUGUACGGCUGGUACGAGACCAGAACUCCGGACUGGGGAAAGGAUUCGGCUACGUCCUGUUCAAGAGCCCCGACUCGGUGCAGCUGGCGUUGGAACUGGACGGCUCCAAACUGGAGGGCAGGUCCAUCCGAGUGAAGAGGUCGGUGAAGAAGGAGAAGCAGAAGAAGAGUAAAAGUGACAGCAAAGGAGGCGCAGGGAGGGCCGGCGGCAGGGGCCCCGGCAAGACCCCCCCGAAGGGCCCGGGGCGCGAGAGAGGAGGCGGUCGCGGAGGUUUCAAGCCUCAAAAUAAAUUCUCGGGACCCCAGCAGAGGACGACCAAAGGCUCCUUCAAAGGAACGAUGGUGGAUCCAAACAAAAAGACUAAAAAGAAAGGACUGAAGAAGAAACAGAAGCCAAACAAGACUGUUCACAUCUGAGCGACAUUUUACAGAAAUAAAAGUGUUUGAGGACUCUGAACCGAACAGCAGGUUUCAACUGUUCCACCGUCAGUUACUUGUUCUCUGUAAACUGUUUUCUACCACAGCAGCAAAACUCAAUAAAAAAUACACAACUUUU